UGUACUCCGUGGGCGCCAUUCUACGCUCGACCCUCACCCACUACUCGGCACGAGUUGCUCGAGUCACGGCAGAGUCAUCCGAAGGGAGACAUUGGAUCACAGCCGGGCAAAGAUCAUCGUCGACGGAAGUUGGUCGAGUCAGCUGCGGAGUUGGGCAUUGUCAGUUGUUGACUCAAGGUUCUACGUCUCGGGGAGUUGAGGAGUGCGACUCGGAGAGGAAUAAUCGAAGAGUGCGAAGAUCUGAAGAGGAAGAAUUGAAGAGUACGACCGGAAGAGGGCAACUCGAAGAGGCCAGAGUCCUGGGAACCGCUCAGAAGAGCUCGGGCAUCAUCAGGAUCAGGUCUCGGAGAAGCCGAGGUCCUCGAAGAAGGUGUCAGGAGGAAACAGGUGGACCAGGGCGUGAUUUGCGAGCUGCCUUCCUGUUUUAUCAAACGACCAGCAGAGGCCCCAACAACUUUUUGAGUCCCCAGUGGGAACUUUUAGCAUCCGGAGGAACGCAUCGCCGAUUAACGCUCGGAGGAAGGAUCUGGACCGGCAGCAUCCGCUGAAGAGUUCACGAGGGUCCUUUUCCUGGUUCACGGAGAGUGGAAGUCGGGAAGGAACGCUCCUUCCGGCCGAAGAUGGACUUCAAGUGAAGCGGGGAAACGACAAGAAUCCCUAAACCUGCCCCACUAGACGGAAGUGGCACACCGAGAACUCGGUGGACUCUGAUCUCCUAGUCACUCCGUUGGUCCUGGUGUUCUCUCCCUCUCUCUCUGUUGCCUUUCUGCGGAUCCGGUGUUAUGUGAUACAUACGAGAUAUGCGGUGCAAACGCCGUUAGGCACCAACAGCGGACAGAGUCGCCGUCCGUCACCCAGGUGAUUGGCUACUCUGGGUUCUCCUCUUUCUCUCUCUUCCUUGUCUUUCCUCUCGCCUUCCGGCACACGUUGGAUCACCUCUGUACCCGAGGUUCGACUCCGUAUCAACGAAUUUCGGUCCAACGUGAACUUCAUCUCUGGAAUUGGAUCAGUGGUCUCAUCUGGUGCAACGUUUCGAUUUUACUGCUGGACAAAUCAUCAAAAUCUCUGAUAUCUUGGAGUAGUGCCAGGCAGGGAUCAUUCGAAUAGUCUGAUCCGCCUCAGCAUCCAGAUUUUGCUGCUGGACCAAAUCAUCAAAUCACUGAUAUCUCGGAGUAGUGCCAGGCAGGGAUCUUUCGAAUAGUCUGACCCGUCUCAGUAUCCAGACUUUGCUGCUGGACCAAAUCAUCGGAGUAGUGCCAGGCAGGGAUCAUUCGAAUAGUCUGAUCCACCUCAGCAUCCAGAUUUUGCUGCUGGACCAAAUCAUCAGAGUGGUGCCAGGCAGGGAUCAUUAUAAUAGUCUGAUCCGUCUCAGCAUCCAGAUUUUGCUGCUGGACCAAAUCAUCAAAUCUCUGCUAUCUCAACGUGGUGCCAGGCAAGGAUCAUUCUAAUAGUCUGACCCGUCUCAGCAUCCAAAUUUUGCAGCUGGACCAAGUCAUCAAACCUCUGCUAUCUCGGAGUGGUGCCAGGCAGGGAUCAUUCGAAUAGUUUGAUCCACCUCAGCAUCCAGAUUUUGCUGCUGGACCAAAUCAUCAAACCUCUGCUAUCUCGGAGUGGUGCCAGGCAGGGAUCAUUCGAAUAGUCUGACCCUUCUCAGCAUCCAGAUUUUGCUGCUGGACCAAAUCAUCAAAUCUCUGAUAUCUCGGAGUGGUGCCACGCAGGGAUCAUUCGAAUAGUCUGCCCCUUCUCAGCAUCCAGAUUUUUCUGCUGGACCAGUCUCCCAAAAUCUGCGCUAUAUCCUGAUAGUGCCAGACAGGGAAUCAUCAUGACCAGGAAGGAUGAUUGCGCCGUAAGGCGGUUUUGGAGCACUUUGUACUUCCUUCUUGCGAGCUGUUGCCUCGCUGCAAGGGCUAGUCUUCUCGGCGUGGAGUUGGAUGACGCUGGAGAGGAGUUCCUGAACGAGUACCUGUCUCUUGAAGAGAGCAGGUACCUCGCGGAGCUCCAGGAGUUCCAGGACGCCGCCAUCGAGAUCGACCUCAUCGACGGGAAGAAACAUCGCAGGCCUCAUCAGGAGCCUCGAGUCCUCUACCAGAUUGGGGACAGCGAGGAGGAACUGCCGGAGUGCUCCGACAGGAGCGAAGUGUGCAGCAAGGUGGACCUUUACGGAGCGCCCUGGGUCGAGAGGCAGUGCCGGUGUCCUGGGGGUCGCACUUGCCCCAGCAGCCUCCACGCUGAUGACGGGCACACGAUCGUCGACAAGACGCGCCAGUACAAACUCUGCGAGCCCGUUAAACGACUACCGAUCUGCCGGUACUUCAAGGACGUCACGUGGACGCUGGCGCCCGGAGGUGGGCCGGCCAAUGCAACUGUGCAGCGGGUGCACUGCAGGUGCAGGCCAGGUAGCGUGCCGUACCUGGUGCGCAGACAACCCCAUCGUUCGCCCGAGGGGAAUCCCGGUUUCGUUUAUGCUUUCGCCUGUUCACCCCAGAGCAGGCUACGGUGUCAGCACAAGGAGCCCUGCCGACUGUUCACGGUGCGGAAGAGGCGCAGCUCGCAGCUGGAGGAGGUGAACGCCUCGCCGCUUUGCCAGUGCCCGAAGGGCCACCGAUGCCCCAGGAGGCACACGGACCCCGGCUCCUUGCCGGCGAGGUCCUACUCCGGGGUCCUGGAGAUCAAGACCUACAGCGGCUACUGCGUGCCCGCCCACCACCCCGAGCCCGUCUACACGCUCUGAGGCUCUGUGUGCUGCGAAGGGGCGACAAAGUUGCGCCGACCACGAGGAGGUGAAGUUGCACCGACCACGAAGAGGCGAUGUUGCACCGACCACGAAGAGACAACGAAAUUUCGCCGACCACGAGAAGACUAUAAAGUUGCGCCUACCGCGAAAAGCCGACAAAGUUGCGCCGACCACGAAAAGGUGGAAAAUUGCGCCGACCACGAAAAGGUGGAAAAUUGCGCCGACCGCGAAAAGGUAGAAAAUUGCGCCGACCACAAAGAGGCGACAAAGUUGCGCCGACCACGAAGAGGCGAUGAUGCACCCACCACGAAGAGGCGAUGUUGCACCGACCACGAAGAGACAACGAAAUUUCGCCGACCACGAGAAGACUAUAAAGUUGCGCCGACCACGAAAAGCCAAUAAAGUUGCGCCGACCACAAAGAGGCGACAAAGUUGCGCCGACCAGGAAGAGGCGAUGUUGUACCGACCAUGAAGAGACAACGAAAUUUCGCCGACCACGAGAAGACUAUAAAGUUGGGCCGACCACGAAAAGCCGACAAAGUUGCGCUGACCACGAAAAGGUGGAAAAUUGCGCCGACCGCGAAAAGGUAGAACAUUGCGCCGACCACGAAGAGGCGAUAAAGUUGCGCCGACUAAGAAGAGGCAAUGUUGCACCGACCAAGAAGAGGCGACAAAGUUGCGCCGACAACGAAAAGGCGACAAAGUUGCGUCGACCACGAAGAGGCGAUAAAGUUGCACCGACCACGAAGAGACGACGAAGUUGCGUCGACCACGAAGAGGCGAUAAAGUUGCGCCGAUCAGGAAGAAGCGACAAAGUUGCGCCGACCACGAGAAGGCGAAAAAAUUGCGCGGAUCACGAAAAGACAACGAAAUUGCACCGACCAUAAAGAGGUGAAGAAAUUGCGUCGACCACGAAAAGGCGGAAAAGAUGUGCCGACCAAAAAGAAUGGCUGAAGUUGCACCGACCACAAAGAAGCGGAGAAGUUGCACCAACCACAAACAGGCGAAGAAGUUGCACCGACCACGAGGAGUCGAAGAAGUUGCGCAAACCCCUAGAGGGCGUAAAAAUUGCGCCGACCAAGAACUCUUCGGACCGGAAGUGUUUCCACCUUGCGACCCCUUAAAAACUCAACGUGUAACUCCCAAAGGACCUUUGUGACGACCGAAAAAUCCCUCCCUAGGUGUACGACCACCUUCUAGGACCUUGCAAUCCCAUUAUUCCUCCGAAACUGCAAAAAAGUACACAGUAAUUUGUGCGGUUAGGACGCCGAUCGUCGAUUUACGACGAGAGGUUAGGACGCGAGUCGCAGUCGUUGCGACCUCGAGUAACUCUAUCCAUCGCCACGUGGAGGCGCUGAGAUCGAGCUCUAGAGAUAGGUUAACGUGUCUUCUAACUUUUCUCCAUUUUUCUAUUAACGAGGACGGAAGUUUUAGCGAGGUUGCGUCAACCUCCCGAUAGAUGGCGUCGGGGUGGACGAACCUUAAGGGGGCGCAUUCGCGUUUUUUAUGGACUAGAGUCAUUUUAGACUCGCCUUGUUAAUAAAUUCCCAUCGAAGGGCCUUAUAACGUUGUAAUUCCUGAUUUCUGGAAGAACUCUGUCUGAUCGACCUCGAGCAGGACGAACUGGGUAUACCUUGAAGAGCUCUAUGUUACCGACCUCGCUGGUCUGUACGGUAGAGGUCUCCACCUUCCCUCGAUGCGCGUUCAGACAUUUACCGACAUUAACGAUUCGUUAUUUUUUCCUUCGGUCCUCAGUUCAUGUCUCGGGUUUAUUAAAUAACCUUAAAAUUGUGUUAAUCAGAUCAAUUUGUGCCGAAAUAUUGACCGAACCUUCUAGGUUAGGGAACAUCUCCUUGGAAGAGGAAAACAGAUUUAAAUAAUUAUUUAAACGAAUUAAAGUUAAAUGAAUCUCUGGCGAUAUUGGAUCUUGGUCGAAGACGAAAGACCCACCGACAUGAGUUGAGGGUUAAGGCGAUGUGAAAAAGUCUUUGAGAUAAUUUAAGGUCCUUUAAGGUGAUAUGAAAGUGUCAUAUCAUACCAAAAAAUUGUAAUAUUAAUAAAACUUUUCUUCAAACUGGAUG